GCAGCGGCUCCGGGGCUGCUCAUCCCCCGCUCCUGGGAGCGCAGCGGCUCCGGGGCUGCUCAUCCACCUGCUCCCAGCACUGCCCGGCACCUCCAGCCCGCACCUCCGGGAGCGCUGAGUGGCUGGACGGGCACCAAGGAUCGUGCCCGUGGGGGAGCCCCGGUUCUGGAGGUCCGGGAGCUCCCGUCGCUCUAUGCUCAGCCAUGGGGUGCUGGUGGGGCCGCGGAGCGGUGCUGGCCUGCCUGCUGCUGCUGCUGCGCCCGCUGCCCUCGCCCUGCUGCCCCGCCGCCUGCCGCUGCUCCGUGGGGAACGUGGACUGCAGCGAGCACGGGCUCCGCGAGGUGCCCCCGAGCCUGGCCACCAACACCAGCACCCUGUGGCUCGGCUACAACUUCAUCACCGUGCUGGGGCCGCGCUCCUUCCCGCCGCUGCCGGGGCUGCGGGUGCUCAGCCUGCCCCACAACCAUCUGGGGCUCAUCCACAGCCAGGCGCUGGUGGGGCUCGGGGCACUGCAGGAGCUGGAUCUCAGUGACAACUACCUGACCACGCUGAGCCCCGAAGCCUUCCUGCCCCUCACCAACCUCACCAAGCUGAACCUGGGUGGAAACAGGCUGAGGCAGCUGGAGCCUGGGGUGCUGCAAGCGCUGCCCCAGCUCCAAGCCCUCUUCCUGCAGGACAACCCCUGGGGCUGCAGCUGCAGUAUCCUGCCCCUCUGGCGCUGGCUCAGCCACAACAGGGACAAAGUGCGAGAGAAGAGCUUGCUCCUCUGCAGAGUCCCAGAGCAGCUGAACAAGUAUCCGAUCAUGGCCUUUGGGAAUGAGUCCUUCAGGCAAUGUCAGGAGACCUCACUGUCUGCCCAGCACUACAUCACCUUCAUGAUCAUUGGACCGUUCUCUUUCAUGGCCAGCAUCUUCUUCUGCACCUUCACAGGCUCCGUCGUGGUGGUUUACCACAACCUGCGCAAGGAACCCCAUGUCUCCAGGAGAUCCUGCAUCUGAGGGGUCCCCCCAGAUGAUGCUGAGCUCCGUCUGCCCCACUGCUGGGGGAGCAGCCUCCAGCUCUGAGCGAGGAUGCUCACAGUGUUUUGGAAGGCCACCCUCAGACUGGGGAUGGGUACAGGGGAUCCUUCUCCACCUCACCCUGUCCUGCCCCUUCCGCUGCCCAGGGGCCUCAAUGUGCAUUUCAGGAUGCACCAUAUGCCUCCCUGUGCCUUUUGGUGCAUCCCAGGAACCCCUGUGUGCAUCUCAGGACACACCAUACACCUCUGGGUACUUUUCAGUGCACCCCAGAGUUUCCAUUUACCUUUCAUUGCAGGUCAGGAGCCUCUGUGUGCCUUUUGGUUUGCCUCAAAACCCUCAUUGAGCCUUCUGGUGCCCCAACACUCCCCAUAUGCCACUCAGUGCCACCAGCCUCAGUGUGCCUUUGCUUGCCAAAACCGCUUGGCUUGACGUUUUGUGCAUUCAAAUGCUCUCCAAUUGGCUUUCUGUGCCCUGACAGGCACUGGUUUAUCUGUUGGUGUGCCCCAGAGCUCUCUGUGCCUUUCGGUGCACUUGAAGAUCUCUGGGUGUUUUGGGGCUCUCCAGAGCCUCCAUGGGACUGUCAGAAAGCCCCACCCCCAUGUGCUGCCCAAGGGCAGGGCAGGUUGCAAAAUGCUUCCUUUGAAGGAUUCUUUCCUUGAGAACUCUCAGCCAGGAGCCAAGAUCUAGGGGGAGGCUGAGGUUUGGGGUGAGGGUUGGACAGAGACAAACACUUGAGCUCCCACUGAUGUGGCUUGGCAAAGGGGUUGCCAAAGGAUGGAUGAAGCUGCACAGUGGUUCCCCCCCAGUAGCUUUUCCCCUGGACUAAAGCUCAUCCAAGGCCAGGGUCCAGGUCAGCUCAGUGACGGGAGUGGGGACAAAAAUGUGGGUUCACAGCCUUUGCUGGUGCCUCACAUCCCACCACCCACAAAAGGGACUGGGGUUGCCCCUGUGUCUCCCUGCCCUGCUGCCUCCUGCCUUUCCCUGUGGAAACUCUUCUCCAUGGCAUGGCAUGGAAAUGCUUAGUGAGUGCUCCACAGGAACGCACAAGCUGGGGUGACAAAAGCAUCUCUCAGGGAGGAGCAACAGCCCUUUGUGGCAUGAGUCCUUACCCACUGCAAGGCAAUAAGAGCCACAAUGAGAUGACUAUGGCCACCAGCUUCCUCUGUUUGCUCCAUCUCUUGCCCAUGCAAGAGCUGCCAGGGAUGUGGUGGGGGUCAAUGAAUGCUUUGGUGAGUCCUUGCCAAGGGUUAAAUAAAUCAUGCAGUGAAUAAACCAAA